CCGGAAAUGUCAACAACAACAACAUUCACCGUAGGCCGUCUUGUGUACAAAUAACACACCGGGGUGCGUAUUUAGGAUCUUUUUAGCAACAAAAAACGUUUGUAACAUAGUUCUAUAGACUCCAUACAAUUUAAUUGUAACUAAAGUUAUGAGCAGCCCAACAUUGAGCGGCGAUUUUACGCCCGUUUUCAACCCUCCGCUGUCUUCCACGCAAACUAAACUGUUGGACAUGUUAGAAGAUGCCACAGAGCAACUGAUGAUCAAUACCGACUUCGACGCUUCCUUCCGUAUCUGCGAUAGAGGGCUGGAGUGCCUCGCCCACGAGGAGGAAGCGGACGUGAGGGGUGAGCUUAAGGCUGGCUUUUGCAUCGUGGGCAUUCAAGCUUUGGCUGAGCUCAACCUGUGGACAGGUGUCCUCGCUUGGGUCCUGAAGCAUUAUGAGCAUAUGGAGGACAUACCAGCUAAAAUAUUGCAAAUGUGCAUCCUCCUCUAUUCCAAGGUGGGUGAGCCGGCAGCGGUGCGAGAGGCUACCCAAGCGUGGCUGCGCAGCCCGUCUAACAUCCACCUAAAUGAGUUUCGUACGGUAGCUGAGCUCUAUUUGCUGUACGUCCUCCUGCCCCUCGGGCGCACGGAUCAGGCCCGGGAACUUGUCGUGGGCGAAUUGGGCGGCGCCACGUUCACGGAAGAGCAACGACAGACGGCGCUAGAAAUCAUAGAAGAGGAAGAGGUGGCGCACGUCAACGCAGAUUGUCGCGUAACUGCCUCGACGCAAGGCACGGGUUCCUUUCUCCAUAAAGUGGAGGCCUUGCUGAGGGUUACUUACAGGAGAUUGACGGCCGCCUCCGGAUCUUUCCCAUUCCAUAAACUCGUCUUGGCUGCUGUUAUUCUCUACAUGCUUGUGUUACGUCUGGAUCCAGCGCUUCCGUCUUCCUUCAUGUGGAUUUCUAAACUACACGAGCUUCUUCGACAGAUGUGGAACUUCACGGCGGCUCCGUAUUAUCGAGCUCAGAAAGACUGAACGCGGACUUUGUCGUAAUUUCCCUUUUUUAAUGUCAUUCUGCACCGGCUCACGCAAGAGAUAAAUGACCUCUUACAAUAUGAAAGCAAUAUUAAAGUUGAUUUCUUAUGUGUUA